AUGUCUCUAUCUAUCUAUCUAUCUAUCUAUCUAUCGAUUUCUCGAUCUUUUCCAGUGCUCUUCUCUAUCUACCCAGUUUUUGUCUUUUACCAUUCGUUCUCUUUUUCUUUUUCUUUAUCUUUCCCAUCUUCUCCCACUUCUUUCAUACUCAAUAUUCAUCUUUUUACCUCUCUCUCUCUCCCCCUUCCCCACGUACACAUAUUUCUUUCACGUUCCUUUUAUUUAGCUAUUUCUUUUUCUAACCUCUCCUAUGCCACUUAUUUCUUCCUUUCUUUAUUCUACCUUAAUUUUUACUUCCUUUAUUUCUCUCUCUCUCUUCAUUUCUUUCUUUCGCUUUCACGUUCUCCUUCGCUUCUCUCUAUAUAUACCCGUUUCUUUCUAUCUAUUUAUCUAUCUAUCUAUUCGAGUCUAUUGGAUUUUCUCUUCUCCAUUUUGUCUACUUUUCUAACCACGUUUCACAUCUUUCUUCGCACCCCUCUCCUGCUCGUUAACCAUAAUCAUAACCAUCUCCUCUUUCUGCUUCUAUUUCUCGCUUUACAUCCUCACUCUCUUUUUCUUUCUUUCUUUCUUUCUCUCUCUCUCCCCACCUCCCUCUCUCUUUAUCUAUCCAACUACCUCUCCUGUAUUGAAUUACUCUUCUCUACUUUUUCUCCUUUGCUAACUUCGUUUCCUGGCUUUCUUCAUCCUACAUUCCUCGUUAAUUAUAUUCAGUCUGGCAACAUUUAUUGA